AUGCCACCUGAUGAGGCAGCAGGGGAGCCGGGCGAGGGCGGCAGCGGCAUUAUGGAUGCCAUCAUAGCGAGGUGGCGCAACCUGCCGCCAGGCAGCGUGCCCACACGAGGGCCCCUCGACAGGCUGGUGGUCAACGGCGCCACCAAGCCGCGCACCUGCGAGCAGACCAACUGCACAGCAGACGGCAAAGUCUGCACGAUGCAGGGGGGUGAGGCCAAGUGCGGCAAGCCCUUCAGCUGCGACCAGCUCUCGUGCAACAGCACGGCUGGGUUCAUAUGCAAGCUAGAGAAGGAUGAGGCCAAGUGCAUCAAGGGCCCCACCUGUGAGGCCUUCAAGUGCACAGGCGGCACACUCUGCCAGCUAGAGGGGGACAAGCCCAAGUGUGUAAAGCCGAGCGACUGCAGCCAGAUCACCUGUAAACCCGGCAGCUUCUGCAAGGUCGAGAAGGGGGAGGCCAAGUGCGGCAAGCCCCUCACGUGCGAGAAGCUCUCGUGCACUGCCGCAGCUGGUCUCGUCUGCAAGCUAGAGAAGGGGGAGGCAAAGUGUGUGCAGGCGCCGCCGACGUGUGAAAACACGCCGUGCCGCGAGGCGGGCAAGAAAUGCAUCAUGGAGAAUGGACGCGACAAGUGCGAGCUCCCAUCCUGA